UGGAUCUAUGGUCUACACUUCUGUAGAACAACAGAUAGCAACGCAUUAUCAAUUAAUUAUCUGUGGAUUAAAUUGAAUUUUAUUAUUUAUUUAAAAUAAUCAUGUGUAUGUCACAUUCGGUCUAACAAGAUUGAAGAUAUUUUAAAUUGUUGAAUAUGAGUUGUGCCAGAGGAAACACUAUACGGAAUAGACCUCAAAAGCAUAAAAAUAAAACCACAUUUAAAAAUGAUUUACAUGACACGAGUAAAAAAACAAAAGUCCUAAACAAUUUGGAGGUUAAUGGAGUCUGUGAACGUUGUAAAGAAAUAAUACAAUGGAAAAUAAAAUAUAAAAAAUACAAAACAUUGACUGCACCAAGGAAGUGUGUCGGAUGUGAACAGAAGAAUGUCAAAUAUGCUUACCAUGUGUUGUGCAAAAAUUGUGCUACACAAAAAUGCAUAUGUGCCAAGUGUUGUAAACCUUUCGAUGAAAUCCAGAAAAGCAUUGAAGAAAAUGAAGCCAAUAAAUAUCAAUCAAUAUUAAAAAAUCUACCAGAAAGAAAACGAAGAACAUUGCUGAGAUAUAUUAAAAAACAACAAGAUGGACAAGAGACUUCAAGCCCAACACUAGAAGCAUUGCUGUCAGAAAUUGAUAAAAUUAAUUUUGAUGAUGAUGAUGGGUAUGAUGAUGAUGAUAAUAAUUCAAAGGAUUGUUCAAGUGAAGAAAACCUACAGACCAGUGUUUCAUCAUUUUAGUAUGGUGCAUUUCUUGAUUUGUGAAGUAAAUUAACUUAUAGUUGUGUAAACAAAAAUAAAAGUUUAAAUCUCUAAA